AUGUCCGAGUCUCAGACUACAUCUGAUCACCUAUGUGUCCUAGUGCAUGGACUCUGGGGUAAUCCGGCGCAUCUGGAAUAUGUGGCCUCUACACUACGAGAAAGAUAUGGAGAAACUGGCCUACAUAUCUUAUCCGCCAAAGGAAAUGAUGGAAAUAUGACUUAUGAUGGAAUAGAAGUGGGUGGCGAGCGAUUGAUGCAUGAGAUUGAAGACACUCUGGAAGCCUUGGAAGCAAAGGGACAGACAAUUAAAAGAUUGAGUAUUGUUGGAUACUCCCUCGGGGGCUUAGUAUCUCGAUAUGCUAUCGGUUUGCUCCAAGCUCGAGGCUUGUUGGAUAAGUUGGAACCAGUGAACUUCACUACCUUUGCCACGCCGCAUGUGGGUGUAAGAACACCCGCACACAAUAACACCACAAACCAUGUAUGGAAUUGGAUGGGAUCACGAAUUCUGUCCAUGUCUGGUCAACAGAUGUUCCUGGAGGAUUCCUUCCGGGACACCAGACGACCCCUGCUCAGUAUUAUGGCAGACCCGGACAGCAUCUUCAUCCAAGGUCUAAGGAAAUUUCGCAACCGAUCAGUCUAUGCCAAUCUUGUUAAUGACCGCUCUGUGACAUUUUGGACUGCUUCCUUCUCAAAGGUUGAUCCCUUCCAACAUCUAAAUGGUGUAAAUAUCAAGUAUGUCCCGGGCUACGACCAAGUCAUCGUUGAUCCCGAUCAGUAUCUUCUACCCUUCACACCAAAGGAACGUGAAUCACUUAUUUCCAGGAUUCGGAAAGGAGGAAAAAAGUUUGCGAACGAGAUGCCUUUCUAUUUGCUCAUCCUUCUCCUGGCUGGACCCGCUGCAACAAUAUUCCUUGCCUACUCUGGCGUACAAUCGGUCCGCAGCCGGAACCGGAUUCGACUGCACAGAGAGGGAGAUAAUGGUAUACUCUUUGGAAAAUACAGAGUACCUCUACUUGUUCAGAACGCUCAACAUGUCAUGGAAGAGGUAUUUGAGAAUGUCAAUGCUCGACAGGAGCCAGAAUAUCUCUCCAGUACCGAUGCCGAGGCUUCCGAUUCUUCCUUAGCGAAGGCCGACACAAACACCCUAAGCAGAAAGAAAUCAAGCGAGCGUGCUCCGCCGCCUUACUCUCUCGGAACCGAAGAUACUUCCAAGUUCCCACGACUUGCUUUGACACCUGAGCAAUCUGCUAUUGUUGACUCGCUCAAUGAUGUUGGUUUCCAUAAAUACCCCGUUUAUAUACAUAAUCACCGACACAGCCAUGCAGCUAUCAUUGUUAGAAUGGAGCAAGAGAGUUUCGCAGAGGGCAAAAUAGUCAUGAAGCACUGGCUCGAUAACGAGUUUGUUAACUGA